GUUUUCAUCGCCAUCUCUCUUCCCCUAUCCAAUACCAAAAGAAACAGAAAAUAGAAUUAGAAUAUACCCCGAACACGAGCGCGCGCAAUACACACACAUAUAUAACUUCACAGUUGCUUCGCUUAAAACGCAGGCGGCAGGAACCCAAAGCAACAAGGUAGAAACUUUGUUUUGGAGGAAUUCGAAUCGGAAUGGGAACCGGAGCGUCGAAGAGUACUGACGGCGCGUUCCAUGGGGGCGAGGAGGAGCCAGAGGAGAACCUGGACCAAGCCGGCGGUCAGCUUUAUGUGUCCUUGAAGAUGGAGAAUUACAAGCGCAAGGGGGACCUCACUCCCCACGUCUACGGCUCCAUCCCUCUCGUUGGCUCCUGGGAUUCUUCUAAAGCGCUUCCGAUGGAACGCGAGUCGGAGUCAACGUGGGAAUUGAGCUUUGUUGUUCCUCCUAAUCACGAAACCUUGGCCUUCAAGUUCCUUUUGAAGCCUAUGUACGAUAAUGCUCCCUGUAUAGUUGAGGAGGGUCCAAAUCGACUGCUCACCAGGGGAACCUUGCAAGGGGAUGCAAGGCUGGCUUUGUUUAGGCUUAAUGCUGACGAGGUUUUUGAGUUUCGGGUAUUCAUUCAUGCCGAUAAGGUCUCUCCAUUUGAGCUUGCGGCUAGUUGGAGGGCUUAUCAAGAGAACCUUCGGCCUUCAGCUGUUCGUGGCAUUCCUGAUGUUAGUAUUAAUUCAGUGCCAGAGUUGGAAGCUGAGAAUGGCUCUUCAGCUAGUUUGGAGCUUGAUCUGGAACAUUAUGUUAUACCAGCUCCGUCAACUUUUGCCAAUUCAGGUUUGGUUUAUGCAGCUAACAACACCGAGACUCCAAGGUCAUUAACUUGUGCAGGGUUUUUUAACAACAUGGAUGGCUCAGGGAAUGUUUUGCAUUCAUUUAAAGAUGGCAGUGUUUCUGUUGAUCGACCUGCAUCUGAAAAGGCGAUGGAGGUAAUAGUCCCUGAUUCAUCCAGCAUUUAUUCAAGUUCUGGAAUGGUUGAAUCAAAGUCAGUUGGGACAUUUUCACCUUUUCAAAAGCAGGAUGGUCACAGGGGGCUCCUUGUAGAUAGGGGUGUUGGAUCUCCUAGGCGAGAUAAAUGUGCAAGUAAUUUCACUAUUGAUCCCAGAAUGGACACAGAAACAAAGAAUUCAAUGCCAGCAGCUGCUGGAGCUGUUGCAGCUGCAGCUGUCGCUGAUCAGAUGCUUGGACCAAAGGAGGAUAGACAUUUGGCAAUUGUCCUGGUUGGUUUGCCAGCUCGAGGCAAGACUUUCACUGCAGCUAAACUUACCAGAUAUCUUCGCUGGUUGGGUCAUGAUACCAAGCAUUUCAAUGUUGGGAAGUAUCGACGGCUUAAGCAUGGGGUGAAUCAGUCUGCAGAUUUUUUCCGAGCUGACAAUCCAGAAGGCUUGGAAGCACGUAAUGAGGUAGCAGCCUUGGCUAUGGAAGACAUGAUAUAUUGGAUGCAAGAAGGUGGUGGCCAGGUAGGAAUAUUUGAUGCCACAAAUAGUACCAAGAAACGAAGGAAUAUGUUGAUGAAAAUGGCUGAAGGAAAAUGCAAGAUUAUUUUUCUGGAAACAAUAUGCAAUGAUGAACGUAUUAUUGAAAGAAAUAUACGUCUUAAAAUCCAACAAAGCCCUGAUUAUGCAGAAGAGCCAGAUUAUGAGGCUGGAUUACGAGACUUCAAGGAUAGACUAUCCAAUUAUGAAAAAGUUUAUGAGCCAGUGGAAGAAGGAUCGUACAUCAAAAUGAUCGACACCGUCAGUGGACACGGUGGACAAAUACAAGUGAACAAUAUCAGCGGCUAUCUUCCUGGGCGGAUUGUUUUUUUCUUGGUUAAUACCCAUCUCACGCCCCGCCCAAUUUUUCUUACUCGGCAUGGGGAGAGUAAGGACAAUGUUAGAGGCAGGAUUGGAGGGGACAUUGGAUUGAGUGAUCGUGGAGAAGUUUAUGCUAAAAAACUUGCAAACUUUGUCGAAAAGCGACUGAAGUCCGAAAGGACUGCUUCUAUUUGGACAAGCACGUUGCAACGAACAAUUUUGACAGCAAGUCCCAUUGUUGGAUUUCCUAAGAUACAAUGGCGUGCACUGGAUGAGAUAAAUGCUGGGGUUUGUGAUGGAAUGACCUAUGAAGAGAUAAACAAGAACAUGCCUGAGGAAUAUGAGGCACGCAAGAAGGACAAGCUUAGGUAUCGGUAUCCUCGUGGGGAGUCUUAUUUGGAUGUUAUCCAAAGGCUAGAGGCUGUAAUUGUUGAGCUUGAACGACAACGAGCACCUGUUGUAGUGAUAUCUGAUCAGGCAGUUUUGAGAGCAUUAUAUGCUUAUUUUGCUGACAGGCCUUUGAAAGAAAUUCCAUACAUUGAGGUGCCACUCCACACUAUAAUUGAGAUUCAAAUGGGAGUUACAGGUGUCCAAGAGAAACGAUACAAACUCAUGGACUAAAUGAAGCUCACAAGAACUUUGUAAUUAUAUAAACCCAAAAUGCUGAGGCAAGUUUCCAUUCUUUUGAUUCUCAUUCGUCAACAAGAUGAAGCAUCAGCAUAUAAAUGCAACAUUGAGUUCAAAUAAUCAUCAAAUCCAAAAUGGUUCAAAUGUGCA